AUGUUUUUGUUGUCUUCUUCCUUCAUUUCUUCUUCAGUUUUCUUCUCUCUUUCAUUCCAUUAUUAUUUCUUAUUUUCUUAUUUUCUUCCCCCUCUCAUUUUUCUUUUUAUCUCUUUCUCUCUUCUGACUUCUAGACUUCAUGUCACCGCCAAUCUCCACUCUACUAACACCGCACGCGUCCAUUCUUUGUCUUCUUUUCACUUUUCUUUAUGCUUUCUUGGACACAUGCUUCUCUCUGCUUCUAUCUCUAUCUCCCCCCCUCUCUCUCUCUCUCUUUCUCUCUCUGCUUCUCUCCCUCUCUGCUUCUCUCACUCUGCUUCUCUCACUCUGCUUCUUUUUGCACUCAAGAGAUAUAAAUAUCAAACCAUCUUUCUCCUCCCCUACAUAAAAAAAUGGCAAAAGCAUUUGAUAACUGAGUUGGCAAUCGAAAGACAUUUAUUUUAUACUUUCUUUUUCUUUUCCUUUUUGCUGACGCCUUCGCCUAAAAAGUGCCGAGUAUCACUUGGAUUCGCCUCAAACUCUCCCUGCCUUGGCAAAAGGAGGGUCCUUGUGUGGAACGCCAGUGCCGACAACAAGCGUGACGUUCUGUCCGCCAUAACCACCAUGGCUGCCAUGGUUGAUCAUCGCCGUUAUCACCGCCACCCCCUUCAAGUGCUCUUCCAUCUUUGUAGUGGUCAACCGUUAUUCUGGUCUGACACAAACGUAACUUUUCUUGCCAUAACCCCGCCACCGCCUUUAUCUUCUCAUCGUCGUCACCAUCUACGCCAAUCUCAUCUAUCUCGCGUCAUAUUUUUCCUUAUUUUUUACACUUUUCUACUCUUCUUUCAUCGUACUCUUUUUCCUUUAUGUCAUCCUUUUCCUUUAUUUUCCCGCCCGAACAGAGUCUCCAUUCAUUUUGCUCCUUUCCUACGCCUUUUUCCGAUAGUCGUUUACCUCACACUACAACUUUCCUCCAACUUUAUCCCACUGACUCCUUUCGGAAAUUAUCUUUGCUCACCAUUGCUUUCUUCUUCUUCACUUGUUCUUUUUCUUUCUUUCUUUCUUUCCACAUUCAUUUUUACUUCUAUUUCCUUCCUUUUUUCGCCUAUUUCGUGCUUUUACACGAUUUCUUUCUCUAAUGCAUCAUCGCCGUUUAUUCCCCCCCCCUCAGUUUUUUUCCUUUUUUAUUCUCGAUGUCCUUCGUUUUCUCUCUUCCUCACUUUUUAUUCUGCACUUUCUUUUUCAUAUUUAUUUUCUGUCUUCUUUUUGUUUCUUUCUUUCCAUUUUUUUUAUCAUAUUCUUACAUUCUUUUUUUAG